AUGGGCAUCGAGCACAGUGCUCGCAGAGUGAGUAUUCUCCGUAUCAGAAACUUUAGUUGCUUCCACUCGCAUCUUGCGGCUCCGGUGCGACCCACCGCGCUCCGCUCCUCCCGCCGAGGCCCAGGGAGACGGGCGCAGCGGCCGGUCCCGCCCCUGCCCACCGCCUCCGCCCGCCCCCCGCUCCGUCCCUGCCUCCCUGCCUCCUGCCGGGGCCGGCGGCAGCUGCGCGGCGGCAGGCGGGCGGGCGGGAUGGCGCUGCGGGUGCUGCUGGCGCUGUGCGGGGUGCUGGCUGCCUGCCGGGCGGCGGAGCUGGGGGCCGGGGCCGGCAGUAGCCGGCGGCGGCGGCUGAGCGCCGAGGAGGGCAUCUCCUUCGAGUACCACCGCUACGCCGAGCUGCGGGAGGCGCUGGUGGCCGUGUGGCUGCAAUGCCCGGCCAUCAGCAGGAUCUACACGGUAGGGCGAAGCGCCGAGGGCCGAGAGCUCCUCGUCAUCGAGAUCUCCGACCGCCCCGGCGAGCAUGAGCCCGGAGAACCAGAAUUUAAAUAUGUCGGGAAUAUGCAUGGGAAUGAAGCUGUGGGAAGGGAGCUGCUUGUCUUCUUGGCUCAGUACUUGUGUAAUGAAUACCAGAAAGGAAAUGAAACUAUUAUCAACUUGGUCCAUAGUACACGUAUCCAUAUCAUGCCAUCUUUGAACCCAGAUGGAUUUGAAAAGGCAGCAUCCCAGCCUGGUGAACUUAAAGACUGGUUUGUUGGUCGAAGUAAUGCUCAAGGGAUAGAUCUAAACCGAAAUUUCCCUGAUCUUGAUAGAAUAGUCUAUGUUAAUGAGAAAGAAGGUGGCCCAAACAACCAUCUGCUGAAAAACAUGAAAAAAGCAGUGGACCAGAAUCCUAAGCUUGCUCCUGAAACAAAAGGUGUCAUUCACUGGAUUAUGGAUAUUCCCUUUGUGCUCUCUGCCAAUCUUCAUGGAGGUGACCUUGUUGCAAACUAUCCUUAUGAUGAGACUCGGAGUGGCAGUGCUCAUGAAUACAGCUCCUGCCCUGAUGAUGCUAUUUUCCAAAGCCUGGCUCGCAGUUAUUCUUCUUUUAAUCCUGCUAUGUCUGAUCCAAACAGACCACCGUGUCGUAAAAAUGAUGAUGACAGCAGCUUUGUGGAUGGAACAACUAAUGGGGGUGCAUGGUACAGCGUGCCGGGAGGAAUGCAGGAUUUCAAUUACCUCAGCAGCAACUGCUUUGAAAUCACAGUAGAGCUUAGCUGUGAAAAAUUCCCACCUGAAGAAACGCUGAAGGGCUACUGGGAGGACAACAAGAACUCUCUUAUCAAUUACAUUGAGCAGAUUCAUCGAGGUGUGAAGGGUUUUGUUAAAGAUCUUCAGGGCCAUCCAAUAGCAAAUGCUACAAUUUCUGUGGAGGGGAUAAGCCAUGAUAUUACAUCAGCCAAGGAUGGUGAUUACUGGAGAUUGCUUGUGCCUGGAAAUUACAAACUUACAGCCUCAGCACCAGGCUAUCUAGCAAUAACUAAAAAAGUGGCUGUGCCCUUUAGCCCUGCGGUUGUGGUUGAUUUUGAACUGGAGUCAUUGUCUGAAAGAAAAGAAGAGGAAAAAGAAGAGUUGAUGGAAUGGUGGAAGAUGAUGUCAGAAACACUAAAUUUUUAAUUGAAGAUUUUGGCUUUACAGCUUUUAAUCUAUUAUAUGUUGACUUAGUAUGAUGUACUCUAUAUUCUAGAUUUUGUGCAGUUUACAAUAAUUAACUUUGAAUUUUUCAGUCAACUUUUCAUUAAUAUGAUUACAAGUAACAGCUAGCCUCCUAGCUAGACAAAUAAGUCAUUAAUUUUAUUUCAUAUUGUUAUAGAAAAAUUGCUCUUACAUAAAAAUCAGGAAAAAAAAGAGUGAAUGUUUCUGCAGCCUAUAUGGAAGUACAAUCUGUUGUGUAUUAUUUGCAAGUUCAGAAUAUGUAGGUUAACUCUUGAUUUAAAAAAGAAAUAUGCUAUAGUCAAUCCUCAGUUCUGCCAGAGAUAUUUGACAGUUCAUAGUAGUAGACAGUACUCUUCACUGAAUUCUAUAAUGGAUGUUAUUAAGAUUUGUAAUAACAGUGUGUGGUGUAAUAAUGUUUUAAAAGGAUUAAAAUUCAGUAUAACAUUUUAUACGUCUCUGCUGUUGGGGCUAUUUAAAUAUGUAAGAAGCAUAAGCUGACUUCAUUUUAGUAAGCAGAAGGAAUCUGUGUAAGCUCUUUUGUUAAAGAUGGCAUGGAACGAAUUCAGGAAAAAGUAGAGCUUUACCCCUUAAACUGUUAAUGAUAUUUUAAAAUCGGGUUUUAAUUAGUUCUCGUUAUUUAUUAACCAAUUAAAAAUUCUAAAUGGAUGAAGAAGAAUAGCUGUCCAUCUUGUUAAUAUGCUGCUUGUGUUUAGUUUACAUCAAGAAAAAAAUUCAGGUGAUGUCUGUUUUAAUUAGAUAACUGCCUUUUCAACAAUCUUUACAUGUGUCAGUGGUGUUUAGAUAAUCAGCCAAAAGUCCCUGUAUUCACUGAAAGCUACCAGAACAUCACAAUUUAGUCAAUGAACUGGAGGUCUACUGAGGACAUGCAUUUAGUCUCACAAGCCAAGAAUGAUUUUGUUUCCAACUUUGUUUGUUGUACUGGUUUGUCUUAUCUAAAACUAGAAGCAAAACAGAGAAGUUAAAUUUUUUUCAGCAUGUUGAAAUUUUUUGCAAAAUAGUUGAAGAUGGUACAAAAGGUGACUUUGAUUUUAAAAGAUCCUUCUUCCUCCUAUUAUUUUUAGUAUAUCUGAAUUAACUUUCUGUAGUAUUUUGGCUAAGAUGAUUGAAAUUUGUGGAAUCAGAGAAUAUAUAUGCAUUGUAAUGGGCAUUUGGUGUAAUUCUUCUGAAACCACAGCUGAUAUAUUACUUCUGUUUGAAAGCUUACACUCUAUUGCUGGUCUAUCUUAAUUCAAGAUCAGAAGUUCUACAUGGAUUUCCUUCCUCUGUUUCUUUAGUAUCACUGUCAGUGUUUCGUUUAGUAUAUUGUUUUAGUUGAUACUGUAGGAGUUCAGUACCAUUCAGAAUUAACCAACAAUGCACUAUCGCGCACCCACAGUAAGGGAAGAAUCACAUGUUCAGGAAUAGCAUCCAAAUUUAUCACCUGUGGGUAUUUAAAAAUCUACUGAAAGUACUGUUUUCUGAGAAUUUGAAAUACUUUAAUAAAAAUAGCACUUGAUCCUUUAAAGGAACAAUCUUAAGGUUUGACACACAUUGAUCAACAGCAAUAAAAAUGCAUAAACUUUCUCUAAUUAUGAGUUUGAUGUGUAGCCUGUAGCUUAUUUAAGUGGUAGAUACUUAAUUCCAAACUUCAGGGGAGCUUCACUGUGUGUCAUAAUGUACUGGUGAACUUUGAAUUUCCAUUGCAACGAGGAGCCCCUGUGACAAAUGAAGAAUCAUAUCUGAACAUGUCUUGGUAACAGCUUAUGGCUAGUUGUACACAAGCUGCAUGCAUAAGGGAUGCCCAGUUACACCCAGCUUGGGUGUUUAUGACAAUUUGAAAGGCUAAGACAUGUAGCACAAACCACACUCUGUGUCUGGAAGCAGGGAUACUUUUUUCAACUUAACUUAGUAAAAUCAAAGCAAACAGUAUAGAAAUGAAUUAUAACAAGAGACUGCUGGCAGGUGGGCAAAUGGCUACUGGAGUGUUUCUGACCUGUAAACUAAUGUAACAAGGCAAAUGUAUAUUUGUACAGAACACCUUGCUCAGCUUCUUCCAAACCUAACAAUUUCAAUCUAAACGAUAUUACUACACGGCGCGAUGCCUGUCAUGCAUCCAGUCCUCUUGUGUGGUAGGUUGUGUGGCCUAGUUAGUGCAGACAUUACAUCAAAGUAAUCACAUAACAGAUUUCUAACCUGUACUUGUAUUACAUGUGUGAGAUUCUCUGGUCUACUGUUUCAUGCAUUUGUGAUUAAAUGUGAUGUCCCUUAAGUGAUCUCUUUGUUUUGCUCUAGAUGACUGCUUGCUAUUACUAUGCUGAGAACAGGUUAAAAUGAUAAAAUGUUACAACACCAGAACCACUGCCACUGUUCUUGCUGUAGGCAAACAUCCUUAAGAACAGCGUAGCCAGAGCUCUCAAUAAAUUAAUUCAUUAUGUAGCUUUACUAGCUAGCUGAACUGAGUUGUGUUGUGGGACUGUGUGUGUUUAAAUGGAAGAUUAAAGUGUUAUCUGUUGCUGAGCUUUUGGUUAAAAAGGCACAUGCUGUA